AUGCUACAGAAUACGACCGAGAAAGUCCAAACUACUGGUAGAGAUAUCUAUCUACCUCCGAACUGGUCGGACAUUACCUUCUCUCUAUAUAUAGUUGGUCAAUUAGCAUCGAUUCCUUGCUAUAUAUUUGUAUUUUAUCAUCUUUUGGCUACUAAAACUGCGCGCACAGCUCUCUACAAUCACACUACUAUAAUCAUGUUAUUUUUCAAUUUGAUUUACCUGACAAUAGGUAUAUCAUUAGUAUUAAUGUUCAUGAAAGGAGGCGUGUACAUACCACCCACUCCCGCACUUUGUCUUACUCAUCAAAUGGUCGACCGUGGAGUUUGGUAUGGAGCUGUAUUUACAAUGAUUUGGCUGUGUAUCGAACGACAUAUCCUAAUCUUUCACUCAAACUGGAUCCGAACUACACGUGGGCAGUGGAUAUUUCAUUAUAUCCCAUUAGCUCUUUUCUCUCUGUAUGCGCCAUGUUUUUAUUUCUACAUGAUUUUCAUUUAUCCAUGUGAACAUACAUAUGAUUAUCAUGUUACUUUAUGUGGUGGGCCUUGGUACUCGUGUUCGUUGUCAGCAUCACUUCGUUUGUAUUUAACAUUUGGCCAUAACUUCAUACCAUUCCCAAUCAUUUUCAUUGUUAGCAGUAGCUUUCUACUUCGAGUCUUGAUCCAAAAGCACCGUUUGAAACGUGGUAAUAUGUGGAAAAAAAAUCGAAAAAUGAUUUUACAAUUUGCCUUUAUUUCUACGACUUAUAUCAGCUUUGCUCUACCUUUCACGAUGGUCAAUAUUACACGAAGAGUAAAUGGUUAUGAUGUCGAUCCGAAUGUGCGAACACUGUUUGAUCAGAUGGCGAAUGUACCAGCAAUAGUUUUACCUUAUGCCACCGCUAUAACGUUACCUCAUGUGAAAAAGAAACUUCAAAUGUUAAUUUGGUGGAAACGCACACGAAUGGCUAUCAAUCCUUUAUCGUGA